AUGUCCUCGACCCUACGUUUCAUAAAGAGAAUGGUGCAACAAAGAAGUGAAAGAGCACCUUCAUCGCUGAGAUUAAAUCAAAGUGAAAGCCCGACUUCAGGAACUCGCGCCCCAAUGACGUCACCAACGUCACAGCCAUCGUCCCCGAGACAAAUGGGAGUCAACGGGAACUCGCCUCUAGGUGCAGGAACACCGGAGGCCCACAGCACAUUAAACUCGUCAAUGUCUCCUGGGGCCGGAUCCGGGAAUAGCAAUGCUGAUUCGCGCAUACCUCGGCCAUCUCCGACGGCUCUGCGUCGCUCAGCGAGCAUGCGCGUACGUGGAGAGCGCGUGCAAAACAUACGCACGACAGGUUCACUGGGUCCAGGUUCCUUGUCUCAUCAUCACAAUCAACACCAUUACCAUCGACACAAUCAUAUCUCGCACCAGACGGAAAUCUUCCCAGCAAUCACGGAGAAUGGUCUGGACUCACCUCGACACCGCUCUCUUAGUUUAUUAUCAUCAAGAGCUGGGGACGACAGUGAUGUUGACAGUGUGAAGAGUUAUGGUAGCGCUUACAGCACAGCAAGUGCCUGUGAUCACGCACACUUUGCCCUUAAUGGUACCACCUGGUCUGGACGCUCGCGCAAGUAUGUUGUUCACUGUUCAAAUUACAAUGGAGAUACCGAACAGUAUCUCACACCAACGCAACGAGCCGCCAGACAAGUGCGUAAAUUGCAGAGCUUGUUGAGCGAAGCGAGAAAGGAGGUUGAGGAGAAGGACCGAGAGAUACUGAGACUGACUAAGGAAGUCGUUGAGCUAAGACUCUACAAAGCCUCGCUCAACAGUCCCGAUGAGAGAACGGACAGCAGUGAGGCAUUAACCGUCCGUGAGAAUAAUCCUUUCUCACCAGAAUCACCCUGCAAAGAUCUUCCUGAAGAAAGUUCUAAUUCUGAGAUUCAAAGUCCAUGUACGCCUGAUAAAUCUCAUCUAGCUACUGAUAAUUCUAAUAAUAGUAAUAAUAAUACUAAUAAUAAUAAUGCUGAUAGUACUCCUACGACUAAUAAUAGUGUUAAUGAAUUCGGAGAGUGUCUUGUCUCAUUAGCUGACUCGGGACAUUUUGAAGAUGACUCUAUUCAUUCAAAGGAUUCUGUUCUUGGUGCUUCAACGGUCGACGGAACUGUCGGCGCCAGAGAUACUAAAAGUGUCGCUUUAUCUCGGAGCAAUAACCCCAAGACGCUGUCUGAUGAAGAAAGGAAGAAAAUUGUUGAUCUUUAUGAACAGAGGAUUGAAGAAAUGCACCGAAGACAUAUCGAUGAGCUUCAAGAGCUUAAAGAAAAGCACAAUGAUAAGGUGGAGAGUCUACUGAAUCAGCUUUCUGAAGUAAACACUCGUUACUGCGAGUUACGUCCGUCCUUGGAUACCGCCGAGGUGAAGGUACGAGAUUUAGAAGCGGAGCUUGAGCGUACCAAGACACAACUCGAGGAACAAAAGGCAUUGUUCGAGGAGCAAGAAGAGAGGAACAAGCAAAUGUACCUGAAAAUGUAUGCCAAGGGUCAAGAGGCUGCAAGACUUGAGCUAAAUGAUCCGGCUUCGGAGCAAGCACCAGAGACGCCAAAUGUCACUGUCACCGAAUUGUUGCAACAAUUGAGCGUUACUCAAGCGGAGCUGGAGAACGUCAAGGCUAUGUACAGAAGAAUAAUCGAGUCUCGUAACAAGGCAGCAAUAGAUCCAGAAAUAACUCUGCAAUUUUUGAAAUCCGCUAUUUACUACUUUUUAACUGACAAAGAAAACCAUCACGGGCACUUGAAUGCCAUUGAGAGUAUUCUUGGGUUUACGGACAACGAGAAGCUCAACAUUGAUCGGAUUUACGGGUCAAGUCGAAAGUAA